UCUUGCCCCCCAUUGGCUGAGCUCCAAAAUGAGUGGUCUGCUUCUGCUGUUGAUUGGUUUAGUGAGUACAAAUGACAUGUCCAGUAAAGACUGCUAUAUGUCUGGACAUCCCGGUGUUCCUGGAGACCCCGGACACAACGGCAUUCCAGGCCGAGACGGACGGGAUGGAGCGAAAGGCGACAAAGGGGACCAAGGUCAAAUCGGAGCCUGUGGUACACCCGGAAAAGAUGGAAAGAUGGGGGAAAAGGGAGUGGAAGGAGCUGUUGGCAUCCCUGGUAUAAAAGGAAGAAGAGGGGAAACUGGAGAAAGAGGGCCCCCUGGGAAAAUGGGACCUCAAGGGCUGCCAGGUCCUCUAGGCUACAAGGGUCAGAAAGGGGAAUUAGGCCUUCCUGGACCACAAGGGAUAAAAGGGGAUACUGGCUCUGAGGGACCACAGGGGCCGCAAGGAUCAACGGGCCCGCAAGGUGAAACUGGCCUUACCGGCCCCAUCGGGCCCACUGGCCGGCAAGGUCUCAAAGGAGAAGUUGGGUACCCCGGUGAGAAAGGCAGUUUAGGGCUCAGAGGUGAGAAGGGGCAGCGGGGUGACACCGGAGAAAAAGGAGAUAAGGGGGAUAUGCCCAGCCUUCCUAAAAGUGCCUUCACUGUUGGGCUGACAGAGCACACUAAGCUGCCUUCCGCCAACACCCCCAUCAAGUUUGAUAAGAUCAUUUACAAUCGUCAGAAUCACUAUGACCCGUCCACGGGCCGGUUCACAUGUGUCGCCUCAGGAACGUAUUACUUCACAUACCACAUCACCGUCUACUCCAAGAACGUUAAGGUGGCUUUAAUGAAGAACGGCACCCCUGUGAUAUACACAAUGGACAAGUACCAAAACAGUGAGGAUCAGGCGUCGGGAGGCGCUGUGCUGCAACUCAAGGCCGGGGACAAGGUGUGGCUGCAGGUGUAUGGAGGGGAAUUCUUCAAUGGCCUCUUUGCAGAUGAUGACGACGACACCACGUUUUCGGGAUUUUUGUUAUUUGCUGACACCCUAGGGACGGGCAUUUGUCGAGGGGGUGGCAGCACACUAGCCAAUCAGAGUGGGGAGAUGUUGGCUAAGGUCAAAGUGCACUGCAUCAUCAAACCCUGUGAAAGGAUCAUAGGAGGUAACUUACCGCACUUUCAAGUCCUACAUGAGUCCAAGGUGAGGAAGAGGAAGAUCAUUGCUGAUCCGACUCACUGUGGGGAUCACCUGGCUCCAAAGACUUCGCCCGUCGUUGAUAUCUCCGCACCAGGUGAGAACACUCCAACCGCGGUCUGGAGGCAGUCCAUGGGACAUCCUCAAGAGAUGGCCCAAGUGGCACUGCUGUAUUUGUGCGCUCUUGUCAAGAUCAUAUCUGUCUACUCGGCGGCAGACAAUCCGUGUCUUGCCGGCAUUCCUGGUAUGCCAGGUUCACAAGGACUUCCGGGCAGAGAUGGCAGGGAUGGAGCAUAUGGACCCAAGGGUGAAAAAGGAGACCCAGGACCACGUGGAGAAAGGGGUCUAAUUGGCCCCCCAGGUAAAGUUGGACCUCCAGGAUCUUUUAUUCAGCAAGAACAAUUAAUUGGAGUAGUCGGAUUCCACGUGGGCCUAAAAGAUGGCUUUCCGACUCCUGGCUCACCGAUUAUAUUCCCCCAUGUCUGGUAUAAUGACCAAGAUGCAUACAGUACAGAGUCGGGUAUGUUCACUGCCCCUCUUUCUGGACUCUACUUCUUUACUUACCACAUCACGGUUUUCAAAACAGAUAUGUGGGUGACACUACGGAAGAACAGCGGCAUCAUUCAGUAUACGUACAACAGUAACGAUUUUUCCAAAAGCCUCCAAGCCUCUGGCUCUUCUCUUCUGAAGCUGAAUAAAGGAGAUCAAAUCUGGCUUCAAGUCCAUGAAAACCGCAAUGGCCUCUACGCCGACAACGAUGAUGACACCACUUUCAGUGGCUUUCUGCUGCAGCAGCUUCCAUCAUAGGGCCCACAUGAAGCGUAAUUAGAGUUCUCCAUGCAUUUUGUGCCCUUCGCCCUUACAGAGGUAAUGUCCUGCAUGGCGUUUAUGCCUCUUUUUGAUGGUAUUAUUCAACGUAGAACUGAGACUCCCAGUCUUGUAUUUCAUUGUUCAGUGCGGCGAUCAGGCAUAUUAAUCUUGAUGUGAUCAUUCACUUGGGGGUCAGUUUCGGUUAAUGUAGUGGUCCUAAGGAGGGAGGCAAUGUAACAGUACCCAAAAUAAAAUGAAUAAACAGA